AGAAGGCUGCCCUCUGCUCUUGAGCACGGGCUCUCUGUAGCUCUGGACCCCCUGGCAGGACUGAAGCAGGAGCAGAGUGGAGGCUGUUACCAAGACCAGACCAUCACCACCCCUGGAGCCUGCAGGGGUCUCAGAAGCUGAGACCUCCCACUGAAGCUCCCACCUCAUUUCCUCCACACAGCCCCUGACUUGUGGCAAUGCCAAUCUGUGCCUCAGUUUUCUCUUUGGAAAACCUCUGCCUUCUUUCCCGACUUUUUGGAAAGAUGAGAAUUUGAAGGGGUCUGUGCCUCUACCUACCUAGAAACAAAGCCAGCCCCCAAGCUGGAAAAGGAGCUCCUAGAAGGAACUUCCCUUCCCAGGCUUCCCAGCUGGAGUCUCAUCCUUCUGAGGAGGGUCAGCCUGGAGCAUGCAUCAGGACGGGAUCAGCAGCAUGAACCAGCUUGGGGGGCUCUUUGUGAAUGGCCGGCCCCUGCCUCUGGAUACCCGGCAGCAGAUUGUGCGGCUAGCAGUCAGUGGAAUGCGGCCCUGUGACAUCUCACGGAGCCUUAAGGUAUCUAAUGGCUGUGUGAGCAAGAUCCUAGGGCGUUACUACCGCACAGGUGUCUUGGAGCCCAAGGGCAUUGGGGGAAGCAAGCCACGGCUGGCUACCCCCCCUGUAGUGGCUCGAAUUGCCCAGCUGAAGGGUGAGUGUCCAGCCCUCUUUGCCUGGGAAAUCCAACGCCAGCUUUGUGCUGAAGGGCUUUGCACCCAGGACAAGACUCCCAGUGUCUCCUCCAUUAACCGAGUCCUGCGGGCAUUACAGGAGGACCAGGGACUACCGUGCACACGGCUCAGGUCACCAGCUGUUUUGGCUCCAGCUCUCCUCACUCCCCAUAGUGGCUCUGAGACUCCCCGGGGUACCCACCCAGGGACCGGCCACCGGAAUCGGACUAUCUUCUCCCCAAGCCAAGCAGAGGCACUGGAGAAAGAGUUCCAGCGUGGGCAGUAUCCUGAUUCAGUGGCCCGUGGAAAGCUGGCUACUGCCACCUCUCUGCCUGAGGACACGGUGAGGGUCUGGUUUUCCAACAGAAGAGCCAAAUGGCGUCGGCAAGAGAAGCUCAAGUGGGAAAUGCAGCUGCCAGGUGCUUCCCAGGGGCUGACUGUACCAAGGGUUGCCCCAGGAAUCAUCUCUGCACAGCAGUCCCGUGGCAGUGUGCCCACGGCAGCCCUGCCUGCCCUGGAACCACUGGGUCCCUCCUGCUAUCAGCUGUGCUGGGCAACAGCACCAGAAAGGUGUCUGAGUGACACCCCACCUAAAGCCUGUCUCAAGCCCUGCUGGGGCCACUUGCCCCCACAGCCGAAUUCCCUGGACUCAGGACUGCUUUGCCUUCCUUGCCCUUCCUCCCACUGUCCCCUGGCCAGUCUUAGUGGCUCCCAGGCCCUGCUCUGGCCUGGCUGCCCACUACUGUAUGGCUUGGAAUGAGGCAGGAGUGGGAAGGAGAUGGCAUAGAAAAGAUCUAAUACCAUCCUGCCCAUUGUCCUUACCGUCCUGCCCAUACAGACUGUGGCUCCUUCCUCCUUCCUGUGAUUGCUCCCUCCUGUGUGGACGUUGCCUGGCCCUGCCUUGACGCCUCUCCGGCACAUCACCUGAUUGGAGGGGCUGAUAAAGCAACACCCACCCACUUCUCACACUGGCCUUAAGAGGCCUCCACUCAGCAGUAAUAAAAGCAGUUUUUAUUAGCAGUAGUUCUGUUGUCCAUCAUGUUUUCCCUAUGAGCACCCCUAUGCCCACUCUAAUAUUCAACAAUUAUAGACAAUUUGCCCUAUCAUUUAUUUACAUAUAUGUAUCUACCAUCUAAUCUAUGCAUGCAUGUAUGUAUGUAGGCAAUACAUGUAUCUAAACAAUGUAUUUGUCAAUGCAUCAAUUUAUCUACUCUAUGUAUGUAUCUAUAUGUGUAUUAUGUAUGUAUGCGUGCAUGCGCGCGCACACACACACACUGAUAUUAUAUCAUGGCAUUUUAUUCCUAAAUCUUCCAGCAUGCAUCCCCAAAAAACAAGAAACUUGUCUUACAUAAUCACAAUAAUAUAUCCACAUCUAAGAAAAUUUACUGUAACUUCUUAAUCUAAGAAAAUUAUGUAUUUUUGUCAUAUGUAUUUUGUCAUAUGUAUUUUGUAUUUGCAUAUGUAUUUUGUAUUUGCACAUGUAUUUUUGUCAUAGCAGCAAACAGAGUGAAAUGCCAUUUUUCAUAUUCU